AUGCCGUAGAAAAUAACCCAACAAAAACAGUUACGUCUACUUGAAAACAUUGGUUUGAAGCUUCCUCCUCACCGAUAAGUUGUUCAUGACUCAGCUCAUCUCAUUAUGAGCACUUCAUUCACAAACGAGAUGCAGAUGAGUAAUGAAUGAUGAAGAAUGAUACACUGACACACAGAAGUUACAACUCAACACAAUCAACUCAAGUUGUAUUCUGUCUGAUUCCCAUGCGUCGAUCUGCAAUAGCUCGGGAUUGGGAUGCGCACUAACAAAACAAAAAUAUCAAUGAUGAUAAGGCACUGAAGAUAGAACAAUUCUUUCAGCCCUUAGAACAGCCAGUCUGUGGUGUACCGUUCAAUCAAUUGGUUUAUUUCGGUCGGUUGGAGUUUAAAGUUUCGCAGCCAAAAUGUCUGAAGUGAUUGAAAUGAUAAUGAUUCUUAUCAUCGUGACACUCUGCUUCCUGAUGAUCCCGUUCAACCUUCAGCCAAAUUCCGUUAUAGAAGCUCGCAAAAAGUUUGAUACUUUUAUUAGGCUGUACGAUAAACCUUACCGGUAUAACGUUCGUGAAUAUGAUCACCGCUUCCAAAUCUUUCGAAUAUCGUUGAAUAAAAUAGCGUCUUUGAAUGCGCAUCGAGUGGAGAACGAUACGGCUAUCUACGGGAUUACACAGUACGCAGACUUGACCGAUCAAGAGUUUCUUCGCAUGCAUUUGGCAGACUUGAAGCAUGAAACGACACCUGGAACAGCGAACAAUAGGGGCGUUAGUGUACUGGAUAAGUUUAUCAUUGAAUCGAAAAGUGCAGAAAUGAAAGAUGAUAUCAUUUUCUCGCGAGCUAGGCGAGAGCUUCGGAUUCCAGAGCAUCUUCCGAAGGUGGUUGAUUGGCGAGAUAAGGGCGUCGUUUCACCGGUUCGUUCGCAAGGAAGCUGCGGUGCUUGUUGGGCGAUCAGUGUGGUAGACACAAUCUCGUCCAUUUCGGCAAUCAAAAGGCAGCAGAACUUUUCCGAAUUGUGUCUGGAUCAGGUGAUCAAUUGCGCUGGAAAUGGGAACUUUGGCUGUGAAGGAGGUGAUACCUGUCGCCUGUUGGAGUGGUUGAAGGAGGAAAAUAUCAAACUCAACACAAUGCAGCAGUGUGAAACGCUGAAAGGUGAUAAGGACGGAUCCAACUGUACGUUUCAGCAAGGAAGAGGAGAUUUUUUAUCGUUGGACCAAUUCUCGUGUGUCAGCCUGGUGGACCGCGAACACCUGAUGCUGCGCUACCUGGCCACGCACGGCCCGAUUGUGGCGGCCGUGAAUGCCGCCUCGUGGAAGUACUACCUGGGUGGCGUCAUCCAGUACCACUGUGAGGAAGCGUACGAGGACCUGAACCACGCGGUGGAAAUCGUGGGCUACAACUUGGAAGGCCAAAUCCCCUACUACCUGGUGAAGAACUCGUGGGGCCCGAGGUUUGGCGAUCGGGGCUAUAUUAAGGUGCAGGUGGGGAAGAACUUGUGCGGGAUUGCCAAUAGGGUUUCUUUCAUUGAGCUCGCGUAGAGCAAUAAAACGAUGGUUGGUUCACUCUUGCA